GCAGGCAGCGAGGGGGGAUUAAUGCACCGGGUUCCAGUUUAUUCACCAGGGAACUUCCUGUUGUUUACCAAAGCUCAAAGGAAGCCGUGCUCUGAUCUUGUACAAUGGUGUGACUUAUUCCUCCAAUUAUCCGGGCCAGUGGCUAUAAGUGGACACACGGUGUGUCUUGUUAUCUUGUGGCGCCACUGAACGACAUUUCAUGACAACAUGUACUCGGUUCAGGGUGGCAAGUAAGUCAGCACAAUGGAGAAUCACCAGAAGAGGACUGUAACUUUCCUUACCAUUGGAUUGAUAUUCAUGCUGAGCGGGAUAGAGUACGCCGUCAUUCUACCCACAAUAUGGAGGUAUCUGCAGAUUCUGGAGGCUCCACCUUACUUCCUGGGUUUGGGCCUGUCUGCCUUCAGCCUGAGUGCGCUGCUCACGGGUCCUCUUUUUGGAGUCUGGUCGGAUCGAAGUAAAGCUACCAAAUCCAUCAUCCUGUUCUCCAACCUCUUUGAAAUCGCUGGUAACUUCAUGUAUUUUAUUGGCUAUUCAAAGUGGCUGUUAUUAUGCAGUCGGCUUGUAGCAGGUGUGGGUGCAGGAGCAGGCUCCUCCAUCUUUGGCUUCCUAACCCGGAGCACUCUGCCACAGGAGCGCGCCGGUAUCUUCGCCGCCAUCAUGGCCUGUCGUCAGGCCGGCCUUCUCAUCGGGCCGGCGUUCAACUUGUUCCUGCGGCUGUGUGAUUUCAAACUGGGGCCCUUUGUUGUGAACAAGUACACGUCUCCUGGGAUCUUCAUGUGUCUGCUGUGGACGCUGCUUCAGUUCGUCGUCCUGGCUGGGUACUGGGACGUACCGCCCAUAAGCUCGCAGGGGGGAGUCGUCGUGUUGGAGAUGAAACAAGAGGAGGAAGAGGAGGCGCCCCUGAUGGGUUCAGACGAGGAGGAGACGCGUACCUACAGAGCCGUCGACUCCGACCAAUCGGAGACUUCGUCCACGUCGCAGAGAGCCCACGAAACCUCAAACCCCUUUAAAAACUUCAGCGUCAGCAACGAGUUCCUGAGAGAAGAAGUGGUUGUUCUCCUUACGGCUCAGUUCAUCACUCUAUUCAACCAGACAGCGCUGGAGACCAUGGUGACCCCUCUGACGCAGCGCUACUUCAGCUUCGGCGAGCUGGGCAACAGCCUGAUGUACAGCCUGUGUGGGGUGGAGGUCAUCGUGGGCUUCUUCUUCGUGCGCUGGCUGAGCAGCAAGGUUGCGGACCGCGUGGUGCUGGCCGUGGGCCUGGUCAUCUGCUGCACCGCCUGUAUCUGGUGCCUCGUUUUCCUCUGCAAGCCCCGAGGUGGAUUUGAGUGGCAGCUUUCAGCCUUCAUAGUGGGAGUUUUCCUGCAGCUGCUGGGGCUUCCAUUCGUGGCUGUGUCUCAGGUGUCGCUCUUCUCCAAAGUCACUGCUGAGAAAACUCAAGGGUUCAGCCAAGGGGUCCGGCGCUCCGUCGGAGGCCUGGCUACCAUCUUGGGUCCUUUGUGGGCCGGAGGAUUGACCAAUAACUUGUACAUAAUGCUGGGCAUGAUGCUGGCUCUGCUCGUCAUGAUCACAGUUAUGACAGUCCUGUCCUACGAGCGGCUGGCCGAGCCGAGGGUGGUGCAGUGUGCCCAGAGCGCUGACAGCGGAGAGUAGAGGGGAGAGGAGCGGGCCGAGACGGACCGGGGGGAGGAGGGGGACGCCCUUCACUUCAGAGAGAAUAAAUCCAAGUUUCCUGAAGAGGAAAGCGUAUGAGCGCGGAAUAAAGAUUAUCAAAAAGCUUUGCACACCGUCUCCACCAUCAUCAGCCUGCAUUAGGGAUGAACCGCAUUAUUCAUAUUACUACCAGAUAAUUAAUUACAUUUUACACAAGGGGGCACCAUUGCUCUCACGUUGAGUACUUACAGGCAUAAUUGUAGAUGAAAGCUAUUAUUUUUAAGGAGAACUAUUUAUACUCCCAUGUAUAAGUAGGAAAAAAAAGCUGUUUUUUUUUUUGUCUUUUCCUUUCCUGUGCGACCCGUGUAUCAGAAAUGUGGUUUAUUCUUCCCCCUGUGAAGAGGAAAGCUCUCUCUGAAAAUGAAACGGCUGACACAAUGAGUGCAGAAAGUGGAGUUGUCAACAUCUUAGCAGCUUCGUGUCAAGAAACCUGACAGGAGAAGAGGGUCAAAGACAGUGAUUCUUCACAGAUUUAUUGGUACCUUUCUUUUUUUUUUCUGAAAAGAGGAAAAAAGUGACACACAUAUACACACACACGCACACACACACAGACUUGGAUGUAAUUACACCAUGUUGUUAUCUGGAUUCCUUCCUGUUCGGCUUGCACAAAUGACACACUCAUGGAGUUAAGAAAAAAACAAUACAAUAAAAUAUACUUGCUAAAUUGCCAAUUCUAUCCUUUUAACUAAAAGGAACAAAUUAAAUUUUAAUAACAUACAUUCAUAAUUUACAAUUUGACAAGGUGUGAGUAGUGUACAGUCAGCUGUUCUUGCCUGUGUUCUCCUCUAGGAUGUGCUGCGUGCUACACAUCGGCAGACGAGGGAGGAAUGCUGUAAGCAACAUCAAGGCAUUGUCGAUUCUCUUUGUAGAAACGAGUGUUGGUUCGGCCAGCCUCUGUGUUUUUGCAUAAUUGCAGAUAAGGCUCAGUAACCUUUCCAGUUUUCCUCGCUCAGCAUGUGAUAUUUGCCUUCUUUUUUUUUUUCUUUUUGCCCGAAAUGGAAAUUCUAAUCUCUGGGACUCAAGGACAUAAUAUAUAUAAGUACUUUUAUGCCCUGAUCAGCGUAUUGAGGUGCUUGACAUUUUAAGGGAGAUAACAGAGUGCACAGAUUCGGGUCAGGCUAGAAUUUGACUCACUUUGAACAGUAGCUCUGUCUUCCAGGACGCGUCUCUCCUUUCCACUAACGAAAACAGUUUACGGUGAACCUGCAUUUUAAUCUGCGAGGAUUUAUUUUUCAUUUGGGUAUUUAUGGAUAUAUAAAAAAAAAGCACAGCUAGAUAGCAUUUAGAGAAAAAUACACAAAACUGCUUUACUCACUGUGCUCUGACAGGAGCUUAAGGUGCUUAACAAACCUGCUGAGUAACUCCCAUCACUGCUGUCUUUUUAUUUGCUGUUUUACCAUCGUUUUGUGAGAAUUAAAAAGGCGGCGUGCGGUGUGUUCCAUGUUAAACGAAGAUAAACGAAGAAGUCAGAGGGCCUUCGUGGCUUCACGUGAACCGAACCAGCCAGCUCAGCAGCCGCGGCGGUGAAAAUAUUUUAAAGAUACACAGAACAACCAUUUGAUGUAGGGGCAACCAAUUAUUUCUGUUAGCCAAGGACAGGCGUGCGUCGCUAUGGAGAUGGGACUUUGCAAAGGGUGGGGGUAGUGGGGAAUCAGUCGGCGAAGCCAGGCAGAGUGGACGCAGUGGAUGUUUUGGUGGAGCAGAGUGUGGAACCUGUUACUGCCACUGCGAUGAAGCAGAUACGGAGCAGUAAUUACAGUUUCCUCCUCUGUUGGAAGGAACGUUUCUUCUUUCAGUUCAACAUUCCAUUAGCAAGACGAUAAAUAAAAGGCUCUGUACACUGUACCGGGUUUUCAACCUUUUUUUUUAUAAAUGAUGACAAUGUUCUGAUGAAUGAAGGUCUGCACGCUGGAAAGAAUAGGUCAGAUAAUUACAAAAAGAGGAAGCUUGGAUUGUCUCAAAUAGUUUCUGUAAAGAAGUUAUGAAUCAUUACUAUCUUACCUUCAGUAGAUAAGGGUUUUAUAUACAGUUUGGAUUAAAGAAAAGAAAAUGCGCAGCCUCGGAGAGCCGGUGAUUUGUCAGAGCCACAAAUUUCUUCCAUCUGAAAAAAGUUGAAACAGAUUUGCAAACACUAUAUUACUGUAGUCUACACAGGCCUGCAGCUCACCACACAGCACGUAACCUACUGCAAAAUUGAACAGAUUAAGUGUUUCUAGUGAGAUA